UAUUUCUGAAGAACAUAUAUUAUCGUAUUGAAUAUAAUCAACGUACAUAUAUAGAAGCUAGUGGAUUAGCACUAGCAAUGGCUCAUAUUAAGUUGUUGCUGAUAUGGGCAUGUUGCUUAGCGCUAUCGACUAGUUUUGCAUAUGGUCUUGGUGUUAAUUGGGGUACACAAGCUGCACAAACAUUGCCCCCUUCAACAAUUGUUCAAAUGCUUAAAGAUAACAAGAUUGAUAAAGUUAAAUUAUUUGAUUCUGAUCAUUGGACUGUUAAGUACUUUGCUGGUACUGGAAUUGAAGUCAUGCUUGGAAUACCAAAUAAUCAAUUGGCAAAAUUUGCUGAUGAUUAUGAUUUUGCUAAGGAAUGGGUGAAAAAUAAUGUUAGUACACAUUUGUAUAAUGGAGGUGUUGAUAUCAAGUUUGUGGCAGUUGGAAAUGAACCAUUUUUGAAAUCAUACAAUGGUUCAUUUUUGAAAUCAACAUUUCCAGCUUUACAAAAUGUACAAAAAGCCCUAAAUUCAGCUGGCCUUGGCGACAAAAUCAAAGCUACAAUCCCACAAAACGCCGACGUUUACGAAUCGGGUAAUUCGGGUCCAUCACAGGGAGAUUUCCGAUCGGACAUAAGGGACCUAAUGCAAAAAAUUUGCAGUUUCUUUAAAGACAACAACGCACCUUUCCUUGUAAAUAUUUAUCCUUUCUUAAGUCUCCACGAAAACAAACAUUUCCCAAUAGAAUUCGCAUUUUUUGAUGGUCAAACAAAGGCCGUACGUGACAAUGGAAUAUCAUACACUAAUAUGUUCGAUGCGAAUUUGGAUACAUUAGUUGUAUCGUUGAAAAAAGCUAGUUGUUCAGGUGUGAAAAUAAUUGUUGGUGAAAUUGGUUGGCCAACAGAUGGAGAUUUAUAUGGAAAUGUUACAUUAGCCAAAAGAUUUUAUAGUGGAUUUUUUAAGAAAAUGGCUACAAAAAAAGGAACACCAUUAUACCCUGGAUUUAUUGAAUAUUAUUUGUUUAGUUUAACAGAUGAAAAUGAAAAAAGUAUUUUACCAGGAAGUUUUGAACGUCAUUGGGGUAUUUUUAGGUAUGAUGGAAAACCUAAAUUUCCAAUGGAUAUUACAGGACAAGGACAUGAGGCAAUGCCUAUUGGUGCAAAAAAUGUUAAGUAUUUGGAGAACAAAUGGUGUGUUUUGAACAAAUAUGCUGAAGAUAUAGGUAAACUACCUUCAAGUGUACAAUAUGCUUGCUCGAGGUCAGAUUGUACAGCAGUGGAUUAUGGAGGAUCAUGCAACAAGUUAGAUGGAGAUGGAAAUGUUUCAUAUGCAUUCAACAUGUAUUUCCAAAUGAAUGGUCAAGAUGUUGAAUCUUGUGUUUUUGAUGGAUUGGCACAAAUUGUGGAGAAAAAUGCUUCUGUUGAUAAUUGUUUAUUCCCUAUUGGUUUGGAGAGUGUUGGAGUAAGAAUUGGUUUGGAUGCAAUCCUUAACAUUCUUGUUGGUUUCUUCCUCUUUUUGACACUUCUCUAAAAAAUAAAAUAAUUAAAUUUGCCUUUCAAUGUCAUGUAUUAGACAUAUGUUUGGUUUGAAAUAUAUAAUUAAGAUAAAGUACUACUACCAAUGUUUACUUUGUUAAAAUUUUAGGUGUCUCAUUUUGUAUGUAUAUUUAUAUUAACAUAAGGCACUCAAGUUUUGUUGUAUGGGAAGGAAUAAAUGUACAUAAACUUAAAAUU